AUCUGCAGGAUGUGGGCCUAAAAUUGCCCGCCGACUAUAACGGGUUCAAAAGGACAGCGAGUGCUAGUGAAUAUCGAGAAAGUCGGGUGAUUCCGAUUGGGCGCUUCACGAUCCAUUACCCAACCGUGAACGGUGUAACGGAACCGCGAUGCGCUUCACAACGGCCGCCAUUGCGCUGAUCGUAUUUAUUGUGGUCUUUUCAAUAUUCGUCGCCAACCUGGCUAACUUGAUUGGAAUCGAUAAGCAGCUAAGCAACCGAUUGGACGCUGCGAGUGAUGGCCAACAACGGGACACCAAGCGCCUAAAGCUUGACGACCGGCCGGAGCACCUGAUGUGGUUUCUUCAGAUCUCGGACAUACACAUCAGUAUGUACCUCGACCCGGCUCGCGUGCCGCAGUUGGUGGAUUUCUGCAACCGAACGGUGGACAUCAUAAGCCCGGCAGUGGUCCUCGCUUCCGGCGACUUGACCGAUGCGAAAACGUCCAACUUCUUAGGUUCAAAGCAGCACGAAAAAGAAUGGCGCUGGUAUCACGAGGUGCUGCGUGACACGAAUGUGCUCAAUCGGACGGUUUGGCUAGACAUACGGGGCAAUCAUGACAAUUUCAAUGUCCCCGCGCUUCAGACGCGCCAGGAUCUGUUCACGAACUAUUCGGCGCAAGGACGACACCAUACGCGCUCUUACAUGCACCAGAUCUCGAAGGGUGGCGAACGGUACACUUUUAUCGCAGUCGAUGCCUGUCUCGAUCCGGGACCGAAACGACCGUUCAACUUCGUCGGUAUGCUGUCGAUCAACGAAACACAGCAUCUGCUCAAUUUGGCCGAGCGGUCGCGGGCUCUGGGUACGAACUACACCGUUUGGUUCGGCCAUUAUCCCACGUCCUGCAUUCUGACGCCCGGAUUGGGCGCCGGCGGAAUUCGCAAUCUGAUUGGGCGGUAUCGAGAAGCGUACGCAUAUCUUGCCGGUCAUUUCCAUACACUCGGUGGAGCCGUGCCCCGUAUGUACACGCUACAGAACGAGGGCUUUCUGGAACUGGAACUGGGGGAUUGGAUGCGGAAUCGGAGGUACCGAGUGGCCGCCUUCGAUCAUGGGUACUUUUCGUUUGUCGACGUUCAGCACAACCAGUGGCCGGUGGUGCUGGUGACGAACCCCAAAGACGCCCUAUUUAACAUGCCCGGCAAGGAGACAUUCGGGCCCAUCCUGGAAUCUACGCACAUUCGGAUACUUGUGUUUUCGCCGGCCAGUAUCACCGAGUGCCAGGUAAAGGUGGACGGUGGUAGUUGGCGGGAAUGCAGUCGGACCAGCCGGGAACUGUUUGUGGUGCCGUGGGAACCGACACUCUACAAGCGGGGCCUCCACACCCUGUCGGUUUACGUGCUAGACGGAGAUGGUCGGAGUCGCGUCGUCGAGCAGCAGUUCACGCUGGACGGAUCGCGCUUGCGGUUUGACUUUCUGGCCAAACUGGUGCUCAUGUACGACACGAACCAAAUUUUCCAAUCUUUCUUCAGCGUCGCACUCAUCGUGUAUCUGGUGCCGUUAUGUGUGUUUCGUGUUUGGCACACUCUCGUUCGCAGAGGCACCCUACCGAGACCCCGGCUGCGGACGUUCUGCUGUGGCGCUUGGAUACGUAAAAUGUGGAUCCUUUCCACGGUUGAUCGGCUUAUGUUCCCGAUCGUGGGCUACUGUCUGUAUCUCACCUGUGGCCCUUGGUCUAUCGGCGAAGUCAUCGACGGCCACAUGGGAGUGGUGUUUGUGUGGGGGAUUUUCGUCAACAAUGCUUUUCUCCCGGGCACGCUCACCUAUCUAUAUGGCUUUUUCCAGCUAAUGCUGUGCCAGUUGCCGCUGACCAUCAUUUUCGCCAACAAUGUAGUGCGACGCUUCUAUCGUCGCGGGACGGAAAAGAGCUACGGAUGGCUGAUGGCGCUCUGGAAGAACGCGGCCUUCAUUCUUAUCAUGACGGUGGAAGUGAUUUUGGCGGGCAUCUUUUGGAACUCAUACGGACUGCUAGCCUUCAUCAUUACACCGCUGCGAGCCUGGUCGAUCGUGAUGAACGUGAUCCUCUGGCACCAGUCGCGCUACAUUCCGGAAAAGUGUCUUCGGUCGGCCGCCACCGUUUGGUCCUCUUCCGAACCCAAACUGUCCUCGCUGUCCCAAUGAGCUGUGACAUCAUUACCAAGGAGCUUUUUAGAGAAAGAUAGAUUUUUUUUGUCAUUGGAAUUGUUUAACGAAUGGUUACCUUUACGGCCAGAGACGCGCACGCUGUGUUGAGAGUUGUUUAGGUUUACUGUCCAUUCUGUGACACUUUAUUUAUCGAUUGUGUGUUUUAGCCUUCUAGUCAACAUCUUACAGUGGUUUAGAUUUAGUAAAGUGUCUAUUUACAUCAUAUAUUUCCAUCGCUCAUUCAUUGGGCUCAAUGGGCAGGAAGGAAACAACUGACUACACACUCAUAUGUAUUUAGGUCACCCACUAUGAUAUUGUUAACAAAACUGAACCUAUCCGACCAAACGUACCAAAACCGAAACAAAAUCAAAGCAAAUCGAGCAACAACUGUACCACCGUGAAGUCGCGUUCUUAUGUCGAUUCCCAAUGAAGCAAUCACGUAGAGAGGUAGAAAAUUAGCAAAAUCGCUGGAAUGGACCGUAACAAAGACGAAAGAAAUUAGGAAGCGAUAUGUUUGAUACGUGCCGUUAGAGCAACACACUGUAACAUAGGUAACAUAUAUCUAUUAAAAGUAUUACCCUGAGGCUGCUAUUUUGUUGACAAACUAAAACAUUUUCGUGUAACUGUUAUGUAUUGUACACUGG